CCGGGCUCUAGCUGGAGAGCUUGGAAGGCGCCGCAGCCAAUUCGAGCCCGAGGGCCGGAGCCCGCCUUCUCGAGCCCCAGUCCCGCCUUUAAUCCUGGCAGCUUCCGCCGCGCGCGCCCAGAGCUACGCGGCGCGCCCCGGGCGCCUUGCCUCGCUUGUGGGUUGCUCUUUUCUUUAGUCCGGAGCCGGUACUUUCUGUACCCAGGGGCCUGAGUUUUACCUCCCGGACUCAAGAGUCAAAAGUUCCUUCCUCUUGGAGUCCGCCUCCUGGCAUCCCAGCUCCGGCGCCCUAACCCUCGGUUUCCAGGACCCAGGUCCCCGACUUCCGAAGCCAGACGUCCCGAGUCUACGCUACCUGGAUUUAGCUUCCUGCGGACCUCAGCCACCUCUGCUUUCGACCUCUGCGAGCCGAGGACCUCACGUCCCAGCCCGAGAAACUCCUGUAUGCCCAACUGGCGGAGCUGAGAAAGCCAGGCGCUUGGGGACGUCCUAUACCACCGGCGAGAGCUCAGGAGCCCAGGCGCCCUAUCGAGGGCACCCACGCUGCGGCUCCCGAGAGCCUCUGAACUCUCAACUUCAAGGCACCCUGCGGAGGUGCACCUUCCGGGCGCUCUUAUCCCCCUCUCCGCCCUAAGGACGCGUGUCCCGAGAGAGAGCCCCAACCGCUCCCAGCAUCCCGGCGUCUAGGAACCCGGCCCUGCUAAUCAUGGUGGUCGAUCCUCCGAAGGCCGACCCCAAGGGGUUCAUGGCGGCGGGGACCAUUGCCAGCGGGGGCCCGGAGCUGAGUCCUACGGAGGACCGAGGCGCGACGGCCGGUAGCUGCUGCUUGUCUCGUCGCCGGGUGCGUCGUUGCCUGAGAGCCAACCUUCUGGUACUGUUGACCGUGGCGGCCGUGGUGGCCGGCGUGGCCCUGGGGUUGGGGGUGUCGGGGACCAGCGGCCAGAUGAGGCCCGAUCACUUGGUAAUCUUUGCCUUCCCGGGAGAGCUGCUGCUGCGCCUGCUGAAGAUGAUCAUCUUGCCCUUGGUGGUAUGCAGCCUGGUCAGCGGGGCCGCCAGCCUGGACCCCAGCGCCCUUGGCCGCCUGGGCGCCUGGGUGCUGCUCUUUUUCCUGGUGACCACACUGCUAGCCUCAUCUAUCGGUGUGGGCUUGGCUUUGGUGCUGCAGCCGGGCAGUGCCUUCACCACCCCAGCUACUUUGAACACCACAGCCACCCUCAACACCUCUGCCGCCCAAUCAGCAGGACAGACCCCCAACAAGGAGGUGGUGGAUUCCUUCCUGGAUCUUGUGAGAAACAUCUUCCCCUCUAACCUGGUCUCUGCAGCCUUCAGCUCAUACGCCACCGCCUACGAAGACAGACCGUUCAACCACACCAUUGUGAAGGUGCCUGUGGGAAAAGAGGUGGAUGGCAUGAACAUCCUGGGCCUGGUGGUGUUUGCCAUCGUCUUUGGUGUGGCGCUGCGGAAGCUGGGGCCCGAGGGAGAGCUGCUCAUCCAAUUCUUCAGCUCCUUCAAUGAUGCCGCCAUGGUGCUGGUCUCCUGGAUCAUGUGGUACGCCCCUGUGGGCAUCUUGUUCCUGGUGGCCAGCAAGAUCAUGGAGAUAGAGGAUGUGGGGCAGCUCUUCACCAACCUUGGCAAAUAUGUCCUGUGCUGCCUGGUGGGCCACGUCAUCCACGGGCUCCUGGUCCUGCCUCUCAUCUAUUUCCUCUUCACGCGCAAAAACCCCUACCGUUUCCUGUGGGGCAUUGUGACGCCACUAGCCACCGCCUUUGGGACCUCUUCCAGCUCCGCCACGCUGCCCCUGAUGAUGAAGUAUGUGGAAGAGAAGAACGGCGUGGCCAAGCACAUCAGCCGCUUCAUCCUGCCCAUCGGCGCCACCGUCAACAUGGACGGAGCAGCGCUCUUCCAGUGCGUGGCUGCCGUAUUCAUUGCUCAACUUAACCGGAAGCCCUUGGACUUGGUAAAGAUCAUCACCAUCCUCAUCACAGCCACCGCAUCCAGUGUCGGGGCGGCCGGCAUCCCUGCAGGUGGGAUCCUCACUCUGGCCAUCAUCCUCGAAGCCGUCAACCUCCCUGUCAACGACAUCUCCUUGAUCCUGGCGAUGGACUGGCUGGUAGACCGGUCCUGUACCGUCAUCAAUGUGGAAGGUGAUGCCUUUGGGGCCGGACUCCUCCAAAACUAUGUGGAUCGUAUGAAGUUGCAGAGCUCGGAGCCUCAGUUGAUCCAGACGAAAAGUGAGGUGCCCCUGGAUCCACUGCCACCCGUCCCAGAGGAGGGGAACCCCCUCCUUAAAAGUUAUCACAACACUGAGAAUGAUGCUGCCACGUGUGAAAAGGAGUCAGUCAUGUGAAGCCCAGGAGGGACCGGCUUGGCCUGCUGCGGGCACAUGGGACAUCAGUAUCAUGAGAAUCACAUGACAGACAAGCUGGGGCUUGGGGGGCUGCUACAUGUUCUGGGGAGCUAGAGUGAGGAGCCUGUCCCCCUCCUAGACAACAGGGGGCGGGUGUGUCUAUUGUCUUCCCAAAUCUGCUCUUCAGCAUCUGUCUCCCACCUAAGGUAGUAACAGCCCUCCCCCCCCAGCUGGCUGGCCCCCGUCUCAGGGCACAGGAGUCAUCCCAUGGCGUUUGACCCCCUCUGAGGGGUGGUGAUGAGCAGAUGCUAUGUUAUGGUGGCUGAGGGGGAUGACUGAGUGAAUGCUUGGUUUGUAGUGGCUGUGUUGUGAUGUGUGUAUGUUGGGGCCACCUAGCUGUGGUACGUCCCACCCACCAUGUCCCCAGGCCCUUUGUCCCUCUGCAGUAGCAAACACUCCCAGGAGCCCUGGGGCCAAGGAUAAAUACUUUUACUCCAAAGGAUGUUUUUUAGCAAUAAAGUAUAUUUAAUUGGG